UACCUGUGGUCAUCUCCGACGGAGAGUUCCCCAUGCAGAGCAGCACCAACACACUGACCGUCCAGGUCUGCACCUGCGACCGGGACGGGAACAUGAAGCUGUGCAACGCCGAGGCGCUGACGGCGAGGGCGGGGCUGAGCACGGGAGCCCUGGUGGCCAUCUUACUGUGUGUCGUCAUCUUACUCAUGAUCGUGGUUCUGUUCGCGGCCCUGAAGAGACAGAGGAAGAAGGAGCCUCUCAUCAUGUCCAAAGAGGACGUCAGAGACAACGUGGUCAGCUACAACGACGAGGGCGGCGGAGAGGAGGACACGCAGGCCUUUGACAUCGGAACGCUCAGGAACCCGGAGGCCGUUGAGCAGCGUAGGGACAUUGUCCCGGAGGCCUUUUACCCUCCGCUGAGACGAACUGUCAAUCCUCCCACCAAGGACAACAACGGGGACGUGAGGGACUUCAUCAACCACAGGCUCCAGGACAACGACAGCGACCCGACGGCACCACCUUACGACUCGCUGGCCACCUACGCUUACGAAGGGAACGGUUCGGUGGCAGAGUCGCUGAGCUCGCUGGAGUCCGUCACCACCGAAGGAGACCAGGACUACAACUACCUGAGCGAGUGGGGGCCGCGGUUUAAGAAACUGGCGGACAUGUACGGCGCAGACGACAGCGACAGGGAUUCUUAACCAGACCCUGGUCUUUGAAACUUUCCGCUGACACCGGUGCAUGUUCGGCGAGGACGACGACACACGGACAGAGGAACCGUUGGUUCCCGUGCUCUUCUGCCCCGCCAUCAUCUCCCGGUCAGCCCUCCUCCGGUGACCAAUCGUAGGCUUCGUGUGUCCAGUCAGUGUUAGUUGCGUUUUUUUUUUUUGCCGGGACACAGUGAAUAAAAAAAAACAAAAAAACGACUUUCCGUCCAGACUUUUCGUGUGUGCGUUCGUGCGGGAUGUACAUGAGGUCUGAUAUAUAUAUAUAUAUCUAAACCCGCAUUAUUUUUUUGGCAAUUUUUCAGCGCUGCCUGUGAUGGAUGCGGUCAACGAGCGUUUUGUAAGGCAACAAAUACACCCAUGUAUUUUUCAGUGUUUCUGGAACAACAUGCUGCAUCAUGGGAAUUUUAUCUCAGCCUGUGUUUCUAUGUCAACAUUGUUCCAUUUGAUGUACAGUUUUUGUUUGUUUUUCUCCCCCCUCCUGCCCACCCACCCCCACCCCCACCAGACAUUUGGUCCACAGUCAACGUGGGCCACGAUCUACGGCCUCUCUGACCACCAGAUCCAAUCAAAUCUAGCCAAUUAGCCGAGAGCAGAAUGAUGUGCCUUGGUUCAGAUUUUAAAUUCAAAGUUUUCGAUGGGGGGAGAGGGGGCGUCGGGGGGGUGUACAGUUACUUUCCCUCCAUUUCUGGCACUUUGUGUUCCAAGCCGACAAACCAAGAGAAGCAGAACAACAACAUUCUGAACACCUGCUGAAACCAUCGCACCAGAUCACCAGUUGGAACAGUCAUCAGUGUCCUAGCAUGUACAAUUAGAAUUCCGCCCCCUGCUGUUUAUAAGUGGCUAACAUUCUCCAGUGGGCCUCUUUUUUGUGGUCAUGGAAAAAACACCCACAAUCCCCUGGGGUUUCCAUCACUUCAGUGUGUUUGAUUCUAAGUCACCAUUUCCUGCGCGGCCGCUGGAAAAACCAAAUAUUCUCUGUCUGAAUGUCGUUAAAUCAUGAAGAAGCAGAGUUUGUCAGAAGGAAAAGACUGGUGUGAAAAGACGGGUUCUGUCUUUGGACGUCUGAGACUGAACAGCGCCACCCAGCUUGAAACUGCAGCAUCAAAUUAGAUUAAAAAAUUAUUAUAUUUUUUUGAAAAUUCAUCGUUAACUUUCAUCAGGGAAUUUUAUUUUCCUGGUUUUGUCAGCUUUAGCUGGUUAGCUUUAGCUCGUUAGCUUUAGCUCGUUAGCCUUAGCUCUUCUCUAAGAGAACGGCUUUUUGACUUUGUGUGAAAUUUACUUCUCACACUAAGAAAUAGCGCCCCCUUCUACACAAAAACAAAUCUGAUGAAUGUUAUUGUUUCAUAGACUCUACAAAAUAUGGUGAGAAAAUAGAAAUGUAUCUGAUGGGGGCGCUAGAGGAAAAAAACAAGUCAAUACAAAUGGAGGUAAAACCUGAGUCUGUGACAGUGGACCAGACUUUCAGGACCACAAAGACUAAACAUCCAGAACUUCACACCAGUGUUCUCCAGUCUGACCUGCUCAACAGCACC